AUGGAGAGCACAGAGGUGGAGUCAGACAUCCUGCGCCGUGUCCGCGCGCUGCUGCGGGAGCUGGACGGGCACCACCCCGCCUGCCAGUGCGGCCGAGGGAUGCUGCGAUGGACCCUGCAUAAAAAAAUCGACCAGAAUCCCAGUAACAGCUCUGUCCUGGUCAGGAUCCUGGUGAAGGAGUUGGAAAGGGCAGAACGAGGUGACUUCAGACAUUACAUCAUCCCCUUGCUGCACACGCUGAUGUACACCUUGAUCAAGGCUCCCUGCAUCUCUGAGGAGCUCUGUGGCAGAGUGUAUGACUUCUGUAAGAAGCUGCUCACCCUGCCCAAGCCUUUCUGCACCAUCGGCUUGGACUAUGCCAUCAGGCUGAAGAUGGAAAGGACAACACCAGGUAUGUUGUACCAAAGAAUGGUCAUUGCUGAACAAAGUCUCAAAAGUGACCCCUACCCUUACCAUGAAAAGAUUUUCAUCUUUGCUGAUCCAGAUCUGCUCUCUGAAGCCAUCUGCAACGCGCUGGUCACCGACAUGGAGGCGGCUCAGGUGUCCCAGAGCCCCCAGGCUUGCAUGUGCUAUGUGAUCACCCAUGCCCUGCAGGCAGCCCUGGGCGAGGGCUGCAACAGCACCAGCUUGAAGAGAAGCCUCCAGGACAUGCCCAUGAGUGAUGUUGAGCACUGGUUUGGGCAAGUGGUGGCAGCUGUGGAGUGUGCAAGAGGUGAGGGGAGCACAGGCCGCAGCCAGCACGCAGCCAGGAUGGAGAAGAUUUACCAGAAUGUCCUCAGCUCCUGCCCAGCAGGUGAUGCUCCCUUGGGAGGGCUGCAGGGUACCCCUCUGCCCAACCCCAGCAUCAGCUUUCACCUCUGGACAGAAGACGACCAGCUCUGGAAGGAACUGGUGCUGUUCAUCCGCCCACUAUCACACACCUGUGAGCCCAGCUGCCUAAGCCGGGACCUGGACAACUUUGAGAUCCCAGACAUGGUUUCAGACUGCGAGUGCUGCCAGCAGAGCCGCUUCUCCGUGCUCUCCACUGACAGCGGCAUCGAGCGGGACCUGCCCGCGGCGCCCGAGGAGCCCUUCAUUCCCUGCAGCAUGGAGACCGAGCAGUCCCGGCUCCAGAGGAAGGGUGGCAUAAAAAAAAAGCCAUCACCGCUGGAAGGCGUGGCUUUCCUGCAAGCUGGCUGCAACGGGCCUGGGGUGAAGUCCCCGGCAAAGCCACAGAGGAAACCAGGAAUUUCUCUGGAGCAUCCAGCCCCACUCCAGAGGCUUCACACCGCCCGCAUCGUGCUGCUGGGAGAUGAUCGGAUCCUGGGGCGCCUGGCCCAAGCCUACCACUCUCUGAGGAAACGAGAAACACGGCGAGUUUUUCUGACUCCCAGGCUGAACCUGCAAUUCUACUACAUCCCAGUGGUGACAGGGCAGCCAGACACUGGCGCUGCGGACCACGCUGCCACCGGACAAGAGGAUCUCUGUGAGGUGGCCAGGUACCUCGGCAGAGCUGACCCGUGGUAUGAGAGCAACAUCAACACACUGUGCCACAUGAUUCCCAAGCUGGCCACUAUGCCUUCCUCUCCGAGCAAACAUCUUGUGACUGACCUGUUCAUCACUGAUGUGAUCGCCUACUAUGUCCGCAUGGGCAUCCAGCCUGUCUGCUUCCAGGUCUACGCUGUGAAGGUUUUCUUCAGUGACCCAGUGCAGGAGCCAGCUGAGGAUGUAUUCCUCACAGAGCUGCACACCCAGGUGCAGGACAGCAUCCCCCACAGAGAGUUAAGCAUGACCAAGAGGAAAAUGACCCUGGAUGGCCCUGGCACAGAUCUCACAGUAACAUACAGAAAGGUUGUGCUGAGCAACCGGGUGAAGGAGCUGGCUGUGUCCCUGCGCUCCACAGGUCUGGUGAUGAAAACCAUCCCUGCUGAUGAGGCUGAAGACCUGGUGUGUCUGAAUGUGAACAUCACUGAAAUCGUGAAGAUCAACAACUUGUCAGGACGAUCAUUCUCAGCUGUAGCAAACAGGUUGAAAACACGCUACAUCCAAAUCAGGAGCACAGAGCAGAGGCCCUUCACUGUGUGUCUGGACAAGGACAGCAGAAGAACCUACAGAAAUGUGAUCAGUGUGGAAGUGUCUCCUUGCCUAGAGCCCAGCUACUGCUUGCAAAAGACAAGGGCAAUGAAAUUUAGCCUGCCUGAAACAGAAGAUGUGGGACUUGUGAAAUACAUGCCCAAGUCUCUUCUGUUGCCUAUCAACACAUUUGCAGGCAUCAUCCAAUGA